GACACCCACCUUAGUUCGCGUCCGGAGGUCGGAGGUGGAGGUCUUGGGUUCGGCUUUCGAGCGUGCUUUGGAAAAACCUCUUUUCGUGUUCAGCUUCGAAAGGAAGGCUUCCGCUGGUCCUUUCUUUUCGUCUUCGGUGAGGCGUCGACUUCCUGGGGUGUUUCCAGGAGCCGAGUUUCCGGGCGGGGAAACUUGUAGUCUUGGGUCGUCACGUCCCACUACGUGAACGCCAUGUGGCCCGGCUCGCAGCAGGACGAGUCCCCCUCGACGUCCCGGUCGGGGCAGUCCAGCCGCCUGUCUUCGGCGUCCAGGAGCCGAUCUUCUUCCCGAAGCUCUCAGUCCGGCUCCAGCGUCUCGAGCCGGGCGUCGUCGCGGAGUCGGCCCCGGCCGAGGAGCAGGUCCCGGUCCCGGAGGCGCCACCAGAGGAAGUACAGGCGCUACUCGCGCUCCUACUCGCGCAGCCGGUCGCGCUCUCGCGGCCGCCGCUACCGGGACAGGCGCUACGGAGCGCCCGGGAGGUCCCGCCGCUCGCCGCCGCGGCCCCGCUCCCGCAGCCGGUCCCGCUCGCGGGGACGCUCGUAUUACCGACGGGCCUACGCGCUGGCGCCGGGGCGGCGCUACUACGGCUUCGGCCGCACCUUGUACCCGGAGGAUCGCCGCAGUCGGAGGGGCUGGUCCAGGUCCAGGUCCAGGUCCAGGUCCAGGUCCAGGUCCAGGUCCAGGUCGCGAAGCCCCACCCCUUUUCGCCUGAGCGAGAAAGAUCGAAUGGAGCUGUUAGAAAUAGCAAAAGCCAAUGCAGCAAAAGCUUUAGGAACAGUCAACUUUGACUUACCGGCCAGUCUCAGAACUGUCCUUGCACCUAAAGAAACAAACCGCAGAACAGCCGUACCAAACAAUGGUGCAAAGUCUGAGCUGUCGGAAAAGCUAACAGAAGAUGGAACUAAAAAUCUCAAUGAAAAGUAUUGCCAGCAAAAGAGCAUAGCUUUUAGCUCUAAUAAUUCUGUAGCAAAGCCAAUGCUUCAGAAAUCAGCUAAAGCUACUGAAGAGACCUCUACAGGAUCUCCCAAAAUAAAUGAGAAAAAAAGUCCAUAUGGAUUGUGGGUACCUGUCUAAGAAAACUGAUUUAUAAGGUUGGCUGAAAUACACUUUGUUGCAAGUUUUUUUCCAAGCAUUAUUCCAUCUCUGAGAGUCAUUUAUGGUUGUUGCAAUUGCAAGUGAUACAGUAAUAUGUAAAUCCCUAAUAUUUAAAUAUUAACAUUUGAGAUUUCUCUUGUAGAUAAGAGAUAACACACAUGGACCAGAGGAUUCGUACAGGUGGGAGUUUUGUACAUAAUACUUGUAAAUGUUUUGUAUAAUACCAAUGUAAUGUAAAAGUGAAAUUUAUAAGAGAAACAGUAAUUGAACUGUUUAUAUUUGUUAAUAAAUUUUUUGUUUUUUUAA